AUGUUGCCAGAUACCUACCGCCAUGAAACUUCGCGCACCGGUCCCGUCGAUGUCGAGUUCCAGAACAAUGGCCCUCCUCACGGAAUACGCAAUUUCGCCGACGACUUCACGGGCCCUGAUUACGGAGAAGCAUUUCCUCACAAGCCUGCGGGCAGUGAGGAGUACACCCAUGGUGGGACAAUUGCAAAUAAGUCACGCAACAGAGACCAUCUUUUCAGGCUUAGGCGUAACGGUACACACCCGGCGAUGAAAGUUGAUAAUGCAAAAAAGCGGCCAACGUUUACUGUUGCGAGUCAGUUGCGGGCUACGGUCUUGAAUUCCUGGAUCAAUGUGCUUAUUCUCGCUGCGCCGGCCGGCUUUUCGUUGCACGUAGUCAAGGCAAAUCCGAUUGCCAUCUUCGUUGUGAACUUCAUUGCGAUUAUUCCGCUGGCUGCGAUGUUGAGUUAUGCGACGGAAGAGAUUGCUCUGCGGACGGGCGAGACGAUCGGCGGAUUGUUGAAUGCCUCCUUUGGAAAUGCGGUGGAGCUGAUCGUUGCGAUCAUAGCGCUGGCCAAGAAGAAUGUUCUGAUCGUGCAGACUUCACUGAGUGGAAGUAUGCUGUCGAACCUGCUUCUCGUUAUGGGGAUGUGUUUCUUCUUUGGUGGUAUCGAUCGUGUCGAGCAGCAUUUUAAUGUCACAGUCGCGCAGACUGCAGCCAGUUUGCUCGCACUUGCUGUGAGUAGCUUGAUCAUCCCCACUGCCUUCCACACGUGGACUACCACCGCCAACGCGGACAAAACUGCCGAUCUUUCUAGAGGAACCAGCAUCCUCCUCCUAAUCACGUACGGUUGCUACCUAUUCUUCCAACUAAAAUCUCACGUCGACAUUUACAAUUGCCCUAGCCGCAAGGCCGAAAGACGCCACCAAAGGAUUGGCCCCAGCGAUACCCAGCGCAAAAUCGCUCAGAUAGCGAAAAUUUCCGCCGCACCCAUGGGUGGAAACGUGCGACAAAUCCAGAUGCAGGACCCGGAUAACAAGCCAGAGCAGCCGCAGCUGACUCUCUCGGUCGCAUUAAUUACGCUAUGCAUUUCUACCACGCUUGUGGCCAUCUGUGCAGAAUUCAUGGUCAACUCCAUCGAUGCACUGACCGCUACUGGUAGUAUCACUGAGACAUUCGUUGGGCUAAUUCUCCUUCCUAUCGUCGGCAACGCAGCAGAACACGCUACUGCAGUGACAGUCGCUUGUAAGGACAAAAUGGAUCUUGCGAUCGGAGUAGCCGUGGGCUCAAGUAUGCAAAUAGUGCUGCUAGUUCUGCCUUUGGUUGUUGUUAUUGGCUGGGCUAUGGGAGUUGAGAACAUGACUCUCAACUUCGAAGCUUUCCAGAUUAUUGUCCUCUUUGUCACUGUCCUGCUCGUUAACUACCUCAUUGCGGAUGGCAAGUCUCACUGGCUUGAGGGCGUCCUACUUAUCAUGAUGUAUCUGAUUAUUGCCAUGGCUGCUUGGUUUAUCGACUAA